UUUGAGGCGAAGUGGGCGUCGUGUAUCGAUAUGUGGGCGAAUCACGCCAGGGGAAAGUUUUUCACUGCGGGCAAUACGACUACGAACCGGAUUGAGUCGAACUGGAAUCAGGUGAAGCUGUUGAUUGGGAAGAAGCCGCGAUUGGAGGUGACUAUUAGUGGGCUACUUGCUCACCAA